AUGAGUUGGAGAUUUUAUCCGUUUGUGGUCGCCAUUCUUGUCGCAACUCUUGCGUGUAACUUGUAUGCCCACGGACCUGAAGAGUAUAUUUCGGAAAAUUCCAGAGCAAAACGGAGCACAGAACAAAUCAGCUUGGAGGAGAAAAUACGCAAACGGCGUGCGGCAAAGAAGAAUAAUCAUGGCAAAGGGCACCCAAUAGGUCAUGUGCAACCAUCACCAGACAUGCUCGAAAUAUCUGCCCCCAUCUGUCAAGAAGAAGGAGUAGUGCUCACCCAGGGGGACAACAACUAUUUUAUGAAAUGCCAAAGAAAUCCCAACACCGCAAAAGCCGAAUCAGCGUCCCAGCAAUCAAAUCAACUGGCAUCAGCUCAAAACUUCCAAUCCGCCCAAAGUUCAGGAGCUAGUUCCAUCAGUGGUCAAUCAUCCGGUUUCAGCAAUGUCGCUGGUUCAUCAAUGGUUCAAGUUCAAUCAGGUGCUGUAUCUCAGCAAGGUGCAAUGACGGGUAGCCAAGCAGCAUUUGGGCAAGCUUCUGGAGCUAGUUCCAUGAGUGGUCAAACUCAAGGAUUUGCGGCUAUGGGUGGGCGAUCUAUGGGAGCAGCGCACGCAGGAGGGCACGCUCAGCAUGGAGCAAUGGUGGCUGGUGGUCAUGUGGCGGGACAGAGUCAAGCAUUUGGAAACCAGGCCGGAUCUUCUUCAAUGGCGGGACAGGCUUCUGGAUUUGCAAAUGCGGGCGGGGCUACAAUGGGACACGCUCAACAAGGCGCAAUGUCUCAACAUGGAGCAAUGGCAGGUCAGUCAUCUAUGCAUGGUCAAAACUCUGGGGCCUCAAUGGCUGCAGGUCAGCACAGUGGAUUCCAAGGAAUGGGAGGACGCUCCAUGGGUGGCGUGCAUUCCGGUGGUCAGGCUACUCAUGGAAUAAUGAACGCCCAAGGCCAUACGGCAGGCCAAUCUCAGUCAUUCGGAAGUAAAUCUGGUUCGUCAUCCGUCAGUGGCCAAUCAUCCGGUUUCAGCAAUGCCGGCGGUUCUUCAAUGGGACAAGUUCAAUCAGGUGCUGUAUCUCAGCAAGGUGCAAUGAUGGGUAGCCAAGCAGCAUUUGGGCAAGCUUCUGGAGCUAGCUCGAUGAGUGGUCACAGUCAAGGAUUUGCGGCUAUGGGUGGGCGAUCUAUGGGAGCAGCAAACGCAGGAGGGAACGCUCAGCAUGGAGCAAUGGUGGCUGGCGGUCAUGUGGCGGGACAGAGUCAAGCAUUUGGAAACCAGGCCGGAUCUUCUUCAAUGGCGGGGCAGGCUUCUGGAUUUGCUAAUGCGGGCGGGGCUACAAUGGGACACGCUCAACAAGGCGCAAUGUCUCAACAUGGAGCAAUGGCAGGUCAGUCAUCUAUGCAUGGUCAAAACUCUGGGGCCUCAAUGGCUGCAGGUCAGCACAGUGGAUUCCAAGGAAUGGGAGGACGCUCCAUGGGUGGCGUGCAUUCCGGUGGUCAGGCUACUCAUGGAAUAAUGAACGCCCAAGGCCAUACGGCAGGCCAAUCUCAGUCAUUCGGAAGUAAAUCUGGUUCGUCAUCCGUCAGUGGCCAAUCAUCCGGUUUCAGCAAUGCCGGCGGUUCUUCAAUGGGACAAGUUCAAUCAGGUGCUGUAUCUCAGCAAGGUGCAAUGAUGGGUAGCCAAGCAGCAUUUGGGCAAGCUUCUGGAGCUAGCUCGAUGAGUGGUCACAGUCAAGGAUUUGCGGCUAUGGGUGGGCGAUCUAUGGGAGCAGCAAACGCAGGAGGGAACGCUCAGCAUGGAGCAAUGGUGGCUGGCGGUCAUGUGGCGGGACAGAGUCAAGCAUUUGGAAACCAGGCCGGAUCUUCUUCAAUGGCGGGGCAGGCUUCUGGAUUUGCUAAUGCGGGCGGGGCUACAAUGGGACACGCUCAACAAGGCGCAAUGUCUCAACAUGGAGCAAUGGCAGGUCAGUCAUCUAUGCAUGGUCAAAACUCUGGGGCCUCAAUGGCUGCAGGUCAGCACAGUGGAUUCCAAGGAAUGGGAGGACGCUCCAUGGGUGGCGUGCAUUCCGGUGGUCAGGCUACUCAUGGAAUAAUGAACGCCCAAGGCCAUACGGCAGGCCAAUCUCAGUCAUUCGGAAGUAAAUCUGGUUCGUCAUCCGUCAGUGGCCAAUCAUCCGGUUUCAGCAAUGCCGGCGGUUCUUCAAUGGGACAAGUUCAAUCAGGUGCUGUAUCUCAGCAAGGUGCAAUGAUGGGUAGCCAAGCAGCAUUUGGGCAAGCUUCUGGAGCUAGCUCGAUGAGUGGUCACAGUCAAGGAUUUGCGGCUAUGGGUGGGCGAUCUAUGGGAGCAGCAAACGCAGGAGGGAACGCUCAGCAUGGAGCAAUGGUGGCUGGCGGUCAUGUGGCGGGACAGAGUCAAGCAUUUGGAAACCAGGCCGGAUCUUCUUCAAUGGCGGGGCAGGCUUCUGGAUUUGCUAAUGCGGGCGGGGCUACAAUGGGACACGCUCAACAAGGCGCAAUGUCUCAACAUGGAGCAAUGGCAGGUCAGUCAUCUAUGCAUGGUCAAAACUCUGGGGCCUCAAUGGCUGCAGGUCAGCACAGUGGAUUCCAAGGAAUGGGAGGACGCUCCAUGGGUGGCGUGCAUUCCGGUGGUCAGGCUACUCAUGGAAUAAUGAACGCCCAAGGCCAUACGGCAGGCCAAUCUCAGUCAUUCGGAAGUAAAUCUGGUUCGUCAUCCGUCAGUGGCCAAUCAUCCGGUUUCAGCAAUGCCGGCGGUUCUUCAAUGGGACAAGUUCAAUCAGGUGCUGUAUCUCAGCAAGGUGCAAUGAUGGGUAGCCAAGCAGCAUUUGGGCAAGCUUCUGGAGCUAGCUCGAUGAGUGGUCACAGUCAAGGAUUUGCGGCUAUGGGUGGGCGAUCUAUGGGAGCAGCAAACGCAGGAGGGAACGCUCAGCAUGGAGCAAUGGUGGCUGGCGGUCAUGUGGCGGGACAGAGUCAAGCAUUUGGAAACCAGGCCGGAUCUUCUUCAAUGGCGGGGCAGGCUUCUGGAUUUGCUAAUGCGGGCGGGGCUACAAUGGGACACGCUCAACAAGGCGCAAUGUCUCAACAUGGAGCAAUGGCAGGUCAGUCAUCUAUGCAUGGUCAAAACUCUGGGGCCUCAAUGGCUGCAGGUCAGCACAGUGGAUUCCAAGGAAUGGGAGGACGCUCCAUGGGUGGCGUGCAUUCCGGUGGUCAGGCUACUCAUGGAAUAAUGAACGCCCAAGGCCAUACGGCAGGCCAAUCUCAGUCAUUCGGAAGUAAAUCUGGUUCGUCAUCCGUCAGUGGCCAAUCAUCCGGUUUCAGCAAUGCCGGCGGUUCUUCAAUGGGACAAGUUCAAUCAGGUGCUGUAUCUCAGCAAGGUGCAAUGAUGGGUAGCCAAGCAGCAUUUGGGCAAGCUUCUGGAGCUAGCUCGAUGAGUGGUCACAGUCAAGGAUUUGCGGCUAUGGGUGGGCGAUCUAUGGGAGCAGCAAACGCAGGAGGGAACGCUCAGCAUGGAGCAAUGGUGGCUGGCGGUCAUGUGGCGGGACAGAGUCAAGCAUUUGGAAACCAGGCCGGAUCUUCUUCAAUGGCGGGGCAGGCUUCUGGAUUUGCUAAUGCGGGCGGGGCUACAAUGGGACACGCUCAACAAGGCGCAAUGUCUCAACAUGGAGCAAUGGCAGGUCAGUCAUCUAUGCAUGGUCAAAACUCUGGGGCCUCAAUGGCUGCAGGUCAGCACAGUGGAUUCCAAGGAAUGGGAGGACGCUCCAUGGGUGGCGUGCAUUCCGGUGGUCAGGCUACUCAUGGAAUAAUGAACGCCCAAGGCCAUACGGCAGGCCAAUCUCAGUCAUUCGGAAGUAAAUCUGGUUCGUCAUCCGUCAGUGGCCAAUCAUCCGGUUUCAGCAAUGCCGGCGGUUCUUCAAUGGGACAAGUUCAAUCAGGUGCUGUAUCUCAGCAAGGUGCAAUGAUGGGUAGCCAAGCAGCAUUUGGGCAAGCUUCUGGAGCUAGCUCGAUGAGUGGUCACAGUCAAGGAUUUGCGGCUAUGGGUGGGCGAUCUAUGGGAGCAGCAAACGCAGGAGGGAACGCUCAGCAUGGAGCAAUGGUGGCUGGCGGUCAUGUGGCGGGACAGAGUCAAGCAUUUGGAAACCAGGCCGGAUCUUCUUCAAUGGCGGGGCAGGCUUCUGGAUUUGCUAAUGCGGGCGGGGCUACAAUGGGACACGCUCAACAAGGCGCAAUGUCUCAACAUGGAGCAAUGGCAGGUCAGUCAUCUAUGCAUGGUCAAAACUCUGGGGCCUCAAUGGCUGCAGGUCAGCACAGUGGAUUCCAAGGAAUGGGAGGACGCUCCAUGGGUGGCGUGCAUUCCGGUGGUCAGGCUACUCAUGGAAUAAUGAACGCCCAAGGCCAUACGGCAGGCCAAUCUCAGUCAUUCGGAAGUAAAUCUGGUUCGUCAUCCGUCAGUGGCCAAUCAUCCGGUUUCAGCAAUGCCGGCGGUUCUUCAAUGGGACAAGUUCAAUCAGGUGCUGUAUCUCAGCAAGGUGCAAUGAUGGGUAGCCAAGCAGCAUUUGGGCAAGCUUCUGGAGCUAGCUCGAUGAGUGGUCACAGUCAAGGAUUUGCGGCUAUGGGUGGGCGAUCUAUGGGAGCAGCAAACGCAGGAGGGAACGCUCAGCAUGGAGCAAUGGUGGCUGGCGGUCAUGUGGCGGGACAGAGUCAAGCAUUUGGAAACCAGGCCGGAUCUUCUUCAAUGGCGGGGCAGGCUUCUGGAUUUGCUAAUGCGGGCGGGGCUACAAUGGGACACGCUCAACAAGGCGCAAUGUCUCAACAUGGAGCAAUGGCAGGUCAGUCAUCUAUGCAUGGUCAAAACUCUGGGGCCUCAAUGGCUGCAGGUCAGCACAGUGGAUUCCAAGGAAUGGGAGGACGCUCCAUGGGUGGCGUGCAUUCCGGUGGUCAGGCUACUCAUGGAAUAAUGAACGCCCAAGGCCAUACGGCAGGCCAAUCUCAGUCAUUCGGAAGUAAAUCUGGUUCGUCAUCCGUCAGUGGCCAAUCAUCCGGUUUCAGCAAUGCCGGCGGUUCUUCAAUGGGACAAGUUCAAUCAGGUGCUGUAUCUCAGCAAGGUGCAAUGAUGGGUAGCCAAGCAGCAUUUGGGCAAGCUUCUGGAGCUAGCUCGAUGAGUGGUCACAGUCAAGGAUUUGCGGCUAUGGGUGGGCGAUCUAUGGGAGCAGCAAACGCAGGAGGGAACGCUCAGCAUGGAGCAAUGGUGGCUGGCGGUCAUGUGGCGGGACAGAGUCAAGCAUUUGGAAACCAGGCCGGAUCUUCUUCAAUGGCGGGGCAGGCUUCUGGAUUUGCUAAUGCGGGCGGGGCUACAAUGGGACACGCUCAACAAGGCGCAAUGUCUCAACAUGGAGCAAUGGCAGGUCAGUCAUCUAUGCAUGGUCAAAACUCUGGGGCCUCAAUGGCUGCAGGUCAGCACAGUGGAUUCCAAGGAAUGGGAGGACGCUCCAUGGGUGGCGUGCAUUCCGGUGGUCAGGCUACUCAUGGAAUAAUGAACGCCCAAGGCCAUACGGCAGGCCAAUCUCAGUCAUUCGGAAGUAAAUCUGGUUCGUCAUCCGUCAGUGGCCAAUCAUCCGGUUUCAGCAAUGCCGGCGGUUCUUCAAUGGGACAAGUUCAAUCAGGUGCUGUAUCUCAGCAAGGUGCAAUGAUGGGUAGCCAAGCAGCAUUUGGGCAAGCUUCUGGAGCUAGCUCGAUGAGUGGUCACAGUCAAGGAUUUGCGGCUAUGGGUGGGCGAUCUAUGGGAGCAGCAAACGCAGGAGGGAACGCUCAGCAUGGAGCAAUGGUGGCUGGCGGUCAUGUGGCGGGACAGAGUCAAGCAUUUGGAAACCAGGCCGGAUCUUCUUCAAUGGCGGGGCAGGCUUCUGGAUUUGCUAAUGCGGGCGGGGCUACAAUGGGACACGCUCAACAAGGCGCAAUGUCUCAACAUGGAGCAAUGGCAGGUCAGUCAUCUAUGCAUGGUCAAAACUCUGGGGCCUCAAUGGCUGCAGGUCAGCACAGUGGAUUCCAAGGAAUGGGAGGACGCUCCAUGGGUGGCGUGCAUUCCGGUGGUCAGGCUACUCAUGGAAUAAUGAACGCCCAAGGCCAUACGGCAGGCCAAUCUCAGUCAUUCGGAAGUAAAUCUGGUUCGUCAUCCGUCAGUGGCCAAUCAUCCGGUUUCAGCAAUGCCGGCGGUUCUUCAAUGGGACAAGUUCAAUCAGGUGCUGUAUCUCAGCAAGGUGCAAUGAUGGGUAGCCAAGCAGCAUUUGGGCAAGCUUCUGGAGCUAGCUCGAUGAGUGGUCACAGUCAAGGAUUUGCGGCUAUGGGUGGGCGAUCUAUGGGAGCAGCAAACGCAGGAGGGAACGCUCAGCAUGGAGCAAUGGUGGCUGGCGGUCAUGUGGCGGGACAGAGUCAAGCAUUUGGAAACCAGGCCGGAUCUUCUUCAAUGGCGGGGCAGGCUUCUGGAUUUGCUAAUGCGGGCGGGGCUACAAUGGGACACGCUCAACAAGGCGCAAUGUCUCAACAUGGAGAAAUGGCAGUGCAAUCAGGUGCUGUAUCUCAGCAAGGUGCAAUGAUGGGUAGCCAAGCAGCAUUUGGGCAAGCUUCUGGAGCUAGCUCGAUGAGUGGUCACAGUCAAGGAUUUGCUGCUAUGAGUGGGCGAUCGAUGGGGUCAGCUCAGCAGAGCGCAAUGUCUCAACAAUCUUCUAUUGCUAGCAGUGCUUCAUCGGCUUUACAAGGUUUGCUUAUAAAGUUUGACAGAUACUACUAA